ACCCGAAUUCGGGCUCUUCUAGGUAAAUCUGGUAUAUAAAACCGAUCGAUACCGCUAAAGUCGUCUGCUGUACCUUGUUUAGGCUGCAGGCGCUAUAUAGCAGCACAAGUGUCGCCAAGGCUGAAGUAGGUAGCACAGGUUCGCUCGAGUACGAGAUCGGUAUCCUUUUAGUACUUGCCUGAGCGUGUCCGGAAACAGCACUAUAAGCGCCAGUAGUAAAUUGGAUAUCGAGGCUCUUAUAGUCCCGCUCUAGACAACUAGAGAAGAUCUCAACCGUAACCUAACGCUUGCCUAUUUUCUCUACUUUGUGGUCAGCUGCAGAUUUGCCUUCGCCCUCGUUGCCUGUGCCCUGGUCGAGGAACGCGCUGAUAUCGUCGUCGAUUAGAGUCUCGGCAUCAUUCAUGAGUUUUCUCCUUAUCAUCAUCGCCGAGUACAAGCCCCUGGCCAAAGACCACGUCAUGGAGAGCGACCUUUCUCAAGCGUCUCGACUCUCCUGAAUGCUGAUCAUGCACAUCUGCUUAGAACGGCUGUUGAGCCCAGCUGGAGCCUACAGAGAUGGCUCCUUUCUCGGUCCUGCCUUCUCCUGGCUCGCUCUCCUCAUCUCCGUCGUCGUCCCCCUCCUCUUUCGGCAUGGUCUUGGCCUUCUUCUUGUCCUUGGCACUCUGUUCCUUCCACACUGUCGCAACAUCCAGGUCGUAGGUCGCUUUGUUAGUUUCGGUCUUGCAGUUGAUCGCGCGCACAUGGCGGCGCAGGAACCACGCAUACUUCCAUGCUGUGAGGGUCUUGGCGCCGGUGCAAAAGUUGCAUCGGAUCUCACAUGGUUAUAUGAUGAGUGUGUGCCGGAGGUCGGCCAUGGGUGCGAAUGCCCUACUUCUGUGCAGCCCAUGAUGCGCGGCUGAGUGCGGCAAAAAGCAAGGUGACCAAGAGUUGUGGGCCAAGUCUUGUGUUCCUAUUAGAUGGCUCCCCAUCAAAGUCAGUGGUUUUGGCACGGGAUUUUGAUGACCAGACCAUGCGCUACCUAGGCCAAAUCUGAAGCUAUGAAACAUAUCCCACUUCGGGGAAAGUCGAGCACAAUAGUCGCUCGGCGACGAGGCCAUAGAGACGGGCAAGCACAACUGCUAUUGUGAUGCCAAAAGCAUAUCGACCGUGUCGUAAAAUUGGGCAAGUCAAGUGCUUGGCAUCGGUGUUCCUGCACGCUGGCUAAUAGAACUAGUUACACUGGUUGUUAGCCGUCACGACAUGAAUGAGAAAUGAAACCGUAGCCAAAGCGUCUGUAUUCAUGUUGAUACUAUGCCUGUCUCGAGCCUGGGGGCCUAAACGGCCUGAGCAUGUUCAUCCCCCUUCCUGUACUCUUCGGCGCUGCACAGGAGAAGCCGUAGGCAGACCAGGACGAUGUACAAAAUCCCUUCACUGCUUAGAUAGCAAUCGUACGGAGUCUUGUAAUGGCUCUCCCCGCCGAUAAAUGCCACAGAUCUGCUCGGUUG